CUGCGCAGGAUCUGUCGUCUUCGCUCAAGGCCACGAACGAAAGCAGGCUGAAGACGCCCCUCAUUGCGUGGAUGGUCGACGCGCGGAUCGGGCCUCCUCAGCAUGCGUCUUCGUCCGUGGGGGCGCCGACUCCGGAGGUGCCCUGCCCUGGUGGUGCUGGUCGUCACGUCGUCGGCGCUCCUGCUCGUGCUGGCGCUGCACACCACGGUCGAGGACGACGACGACCCAGACGUGCGCCUCUGGAUCCGCAAGGACGCGCACCAGAAGGAGUACAUCAACCGCCGGGGCAUCCACGUCAUCGUCGGGCACUACAUGGGCAAGGGCCUGCCCUGGGAGGUCACCCCGAACCUCACCGAUGAGAUUCUCAAUGCCAACGACUUCGCCCCGGUGAAGAAUGCCGGGGAACGCGGGCAGCCCGUCGUGGCACUGCCGCACGAGGACGCUAGGAUGAAGCUGCUCUUCCACAUCAACAAAUUUAAUCUUCUAGUCAGCGACAAGAUAGCUCUCAACCGAUCUCUGCCCGAUGCCAGGAAACAGGGCUGCAAGAAGUUGAAGUACAACACGGAGGGCUAUCCAGAUACAAGCAUAAUCAUUGUCUUUCACAACGAAGCUUGGUCCACUCUGCUGAGGACCGUGCACUCGGCCAUCAAUCGCUCGCCGCGCCACCUCCUGCGAGAAAUACUGCUCGUGGAUGACGCUAGCGAACGAACCUUCCUGAAAGCACCACUCGAUGAGUAUGUUUCCAAGCUGCCUGUGCCAACUAAGGUAGUGAGGGCACACAACCGGACCGGACUCAUCAGGGCACGGCUGCUUGGGGCGGCACAGGCUAAGGGGAAAGUACUGACAUUCCUCGAUGCUCACUGCGAGUGUACCAGGGGCUGGCUAGAGCCCCUCCUAGCCAGGAUAGCAGAAGACAGGACGAGAGUUGUCUGUCCUGUCAUCGACAUCAUCAAUGAUGAAACCUUUGCCUACGUCCGGAGUUUCGAGAUGCACUGGGGAGCAUUUAACUGGGAGCUUCACUUCCGCUGGUUCCCCGUGGGAGAGAGAGAACACAAACGAAGAAGCGGGAAUGCAACUGCUCCUUUCAGAACCCCGGUGAUGGCUGGCGGCCUGUUCUCGAUAGACAGGGGCUACUUCUAUGAAAUGGGGGCCUACGACGACCAGAUGGAUAUCUGGGGAGGGGAGAACAUGGAGAUAUCGUUUAGGAUCUGGCAGUGCGGAGGUUCCGUCGAGGUGGUGCCGUGCUCCCACGUGGGUCACCUGUUCCGCCGUACGUCGCCUUACACAUUUCCGAACCCCGGAGGUGUCGGAAGCGUCCUUUUCUCAAAUCUGGCACGAGUCGCCGCCGUCUGGAUGGACGAGUGGGCUGCAUUCUACUUCAACAUGAACCGUGAUGUGAAGAAGAGGCACAUGCUGCAAGAUGUCACUGCCCGAAAGAAGCUUCGCGAAAAGCUUCAGUGCAAGAGUUUUAAGUGGUACCUCAAACACAUAUGGCCAGAGAAUUUUCUACCCAACGAUAACAGAUUCUUUGGCAAGGUGAGAAAUAAAAAGAGUGGGAAGUGCUUUGUGAGGCCAAGUUCCAAGAAUUAUCACCAGCCAGUGGGGAGAGUGGUCCUGGAGGAAUGUGCAUUAACAUACUAUGCAAUGCAGCACUUUGUUUUUACCGAGGAGGGAUUCAUCAAGACAGACGAGUCAAUCUGUCUAGACUCCCCAGAAUCAAAGGCAGACACCAAUGUUGUCAUGAUUGCUUGUAACGACCUCCAAAGACAAAAAUGGAGAUAUGACCCUAAGGCGCAGAUCAUUGUCCACAAGACCUCAAGGAUGUGCCUGGACCUUCCCAGUCGACGGGGACCUCAAGGUGUCACUCUGCAGCGCUGUCACGGUGGCAGCAGUCAAAGAUGGCUCAUGGAACCUGUAGACUGGAAAAAGCUUGCCUGACCUGCCACCCCUUUCUAUGUUUCCACACAACACACUGCUGCUGUCCAAAAAAGACAAAACAAAAAAACUGACAAUACAAUUGGUGUUAAUGAC